AUGGAUUCAAGAAGAAACCGAGUCAGAUUAUCCAGUUUACCGGAUACUGUUUUGGUUCGGAUCAUCUCUAACUUGCCCUUCAAGUUAGCUGUGAAGACGAGUGUUCUAGCGAAACGAUGGAAGAAUCUACACCGUGAAACAACUAACGUCGCUUUUGUAGAAUCAGACUUCGUGAAGAAACGUUCUGUCUCCUACGACGAAGAAACCAGAAACAAAGCUAGGGUUUCGUUCGUACGCUUCAUGGUUAAUUGGGUCUCAAAAUUCUCCGGUGAAGGCGUCCAGAAUUUCAAAAUCAUUCUCUCCAAAACGGUGGGCUUCGAAGCAGAGAUCACGUCGCUGAUACAAUUCGCCGUCUCAAAACAAGUCAAGAACCUAGUUCUUGAUUUCUCCGACCCUUAUUUGUCCCCAAGAAAACAAGCAGAAGCAGCAUCAGGAGCGAGCGUGUUUCACUUUCCGGAAUGCGUUUACAAUCUCGAGUCGUUGAAGCUAGUCGCUUGUGGGUUUGAUCCUUCAAGGCUUGCGCAUCCUGGGUCGUUGAAAAGUCUCUGUUUUGAUUGGAUCCAACUCGGAAAUAUCACGGCUUUGUUAUCAAGGUCUCCUCUUCUCGAGUCUCUAACCAUUAAAAACUGCUGGAACGUUGGUCUCGAAGCGAUAACCGAAUACAAUAGCCGGUUAAGGGAGUUGGUAUUCCAGAAUUCCGGUUUCGCCACAAAGAACUCUACUCUAGACCUCCCCAAUAUCAAGUUCUUCAAGUACACUGGAGAAGUUCAUUACUUUCAGUUCUUGAAAGUAAGCAAGAUAAUGGAGGAAGCAAUCUUGGAUUUUGGUGCAGAGACAGAACACGAUGAAGCGGCCGGAACAGCUCUCUGCGGUCUACUUUACGGUCUCUCAUCGGUUAAGAAGUUAACGGUUUGUCCUUUCUUGAUCAAGAUGAUCAAAGACAGUGAAGAUCCGGUUCAGUUACGAGCACCGAUGGAAACAAGACAUUUGGUGAUCAAAACCAAUCUUGUACCGGAUGAGUUCAUCGGGAUUACACUCAUGAUCAAUAGUUGUCCUGUUUUGGAAACUCUGACUUUCCAAAUGCUUUCUCCCAUACCUGAACCAACGACCAAUCCUGGAUUCGAUCCGGAAACGUAUUGGACGUAUGUACUUAGCCAUGAGUGCUUGAAGAAGACCUUAAAGGUUGUUGAAGUGAGGAACUUCACUGGAGGCACGUACCAGUUGCAUAUUCUGAGGGUUUUGAUUCGGUGGGGUCUUGUAUUGGAGAAGGUGGACUUGUAUUUGCCGUGGAGAUUGCCGGAGGUUUACAAGAACAUGGCUCGUAGUAUAGUGAGGAAUCUUAGGGAUACAUCUGAGGCAUCUUCGGAUCUUUUAUGGAUUCGUGUACUCGACCCAGCAAGACCUAGUUAUUGAGUGUGUUUUAAUUUCCAGUUAUCUUUUCGAAUUAGAAAGAUUGAAGAAAAUGUGGUUACGGUGUUUUG